AUGGCGUCCGGAUCGUUUCCAAACCUCAGCGACAUCUCCUCCGCACUUGCAUUUCGCGAUGCAAUUCGGAGAUCUAACCGCCAGGCUUUUUUAAAGCCUCCAGUGGCCCUGCCGACCGCUUCUACGCAAUUUGCGCAGGUAGCUUUGGGCUCGUUUGCCAGCCAAGUAAGCGACGAACAGCAAGAGCGGCUACGAUUGCGGCACGCCACAAAUGCAGCUCUGAAGAAGCGCAAACGGAGUGGAAAGGACACAGCAGCAGAUAAGGAUGUCGCUCUGGCAAACGUCGCGGGUCCUGUCGGACCUAUCCUGAAAGUCCGGAGGGUAUAUGUCGAUGGGUUUGAGGUGCCCCAGAUCUGGCAGCAAUCAAAUCGGAUCCUCUCGGCCAGCCUUUCUCAGGCCAAACAUGAGCUAGAGCAGCUCGAGAAAGAGGAUGUAGACGGCGUCUCGUCGGACUCUGAGGCCGAAAGUAAUGCAAACGACUCCGAUGGGGAGCCCGUUGUGGACGGCCAGUCUGUAGAAGAGGAGCUGGAAGAAGAUGAAGACGAGGAGGUAGAGGGGGAUGUGGACGAAGACGAGGACGAUAUGGAAGAUGGCUUUGAUGAAGAGGGAGAGGAAGAAGAGGAAGACUUCAACCAAAAACCUCUUGUUGAGGACAAAGACGGCCUUAACGACGGGUUCUUUGACAUUGACGACUUCAAUAAAAAGUCCCAGUACUUCGAGGACCAGGACGCGAGAGCAAACCCGAAGACGGACCAGGUGAGCGACGACGAAGAGGUCGACUGGCAUGGUGAUCCGUUUGCUGUGCCUGAUAAGAAGCGGAAGUCUGGAAAGGGAAGCGACAAGACACGACAAAAGGAUGGACGGGGCCAGCUAGACUCUGAGGAGGAGGAGGACGAGGAGGACGAAGAGGAUGAAGAGGGACCUAUUUUCGGCGACAUGGAUUUGGACGCGCCGUCUGGCGAGAGCGACGCGGAGCUAGACGGCGAGGACGGCGGGCUGGAGAGCGGGAUGAACAUGGAGCUUGGCGGAGAAGAGAUCUACUACAAGGACUUUUUUGCACCUCCACCAAAGAAGCGACAGGAGGGAGAGCCGUGGCAGCGUCCGGCGCCAUACAAGCCCGAUUUGCAGGACGUGCGGCGGGCGAUGGCAGAUGUGAAGCGCGACCUGUUUGAGCAGAUCUCAGAGGCGUCGGGGUCAGACGAAGAGGAUGUGCUGUCGGACGUGUCGGACGGCAACCCACGGGCACGGCGGUCGACACACGAGCGGCGACAGGCCAAGAUCCUAGCGGAGAUCCGGCGACUGGAGGCAGAGGCGGUACGACAGAAGGACUGGACGCUGUCGGGAGAAGCGUCUGCGGGGGCACGGCCAAUGAACUCGCUACUGGAGGAGGACCUCGAGUUUGAGCACAUUGGCAAACCGGUGCCGGUGAUCACGCAGGAGGUGACAGAGGACAUUGAGGAGCUGACGAAGCGGCGAAUCCUCAGCCAAGAGUUUGACGAGGUGCGGCGGCGCUACGCCACAGGGCUGGAUGGGGGGGACACAGCACGACGUGGGUUGGUGGAGAUUGACGACCAGCAGGGCACGAAGAGCCUGGCAGCGCUGUACGAAGAGGAGCACCAGCAGAGCGUGAAUCCGGAGACAUACGUGAGCCAGUCGGACGAGCAGCUGGCGGCAGAGGAACACGAGGUAGACCGGAUGUGGAAAGAGCUGAGCGCGAAGCUGGAUGCGCUGAGCAGCUGGCACUAUAAGCCGCGGCCAGCAGCUCCGGCGCUGACGGUGGUGGCUGACGUGGGGACGGUGGCGAUGGAGGACGCGCAGCCGGCGACAGCACAGGGCGUGAGCGGCGGCGAGAGCAUGCUGGCGCCGCAGGAGGUGUACAAGCCGGGGGCAGCCGGUGCUUUGGGGCGAAACGGCGGGCAAGGCGGCAGCGACGACAAGGAUGUGGUGACGGUGGCCAAGACCGGGCUGCCGCUGGCCCGGGACGAGAUGUCGCGCGAGGACAAGGCACGGCGGCGGCGGCGGAACAAGGAGCGGAUUCGGAAGAGCGGCUCGGGUGCGGGUGGCGCGGCCGUGGUGGCGGCGACGGAGGCGGCGAACGAGGGCACAGCUCAUGCAGUCACCAAGACGAAGUCACAGAAACGCCAGGACACCAUGGCCACGCUCAAGAAGGCGGGCGUGCGGGUGAUUGGGCGGCGCGGCGAGAUUGAGGAUCUGGACGGCAACAAGCCCAAGGCAGCCCGGACAGUGUCGAGCGGCAACUUCAAGCUGUAG